AUGCAGUCUCUUGCCCAGGAAAUAAAGACAUUUUCCAAGACCAAUUUGAGAAAGCAAUGCACCCGUGUGACAACAUUGAGUGGCAGGAGGAUUAUUGAGACAUGGAAAGGGUCGACUAUUCAUGUUGUAGAGGAUAAAACUCAGCCUGAGACAGCAUGCGGCUACGUACAGGACAACAGCUGGGACUUACAAGUUGGAGUUAUUAAACCUUAUUUAAUAUUAGGCUCACAAGAUGCUGCACAUGACUUUGGCAUUUUGAGAAAAUAUAAGGUGUCCCACAUAUUGAAUGUAGCCUAUGGUGUUGAAAACGCCUUUCCAGACCUGUUCAUUUAUAAAACCCUGAGCAUUCUGGAUGUGCCUAAUACUGACAUAACAUCCUAUUUCCAAGAGUGCUCAAAAUUCAUAGACCAAGCAAAUACAGAGAAAGGAGUUGUGUUGGUUCACUGCAAUUCCGGAGCCUCAAGGUCUGCCUCGGUUGUCAUUGGAUACCUGAUGUCCAGGGAAGGGAAGCCUUUUGAUGAUGCAUUUGCCUUGGUGAAAUCAGCCCGGCCAGCCACAUGCCCAAACCCAGGCUUUGUCGAACAGUUGAAAGGUUUCAAACCUAAAUGGGGCAUACAAGCCAAUGGUGUGGGCUAUGAAUGAGCAAGAACAGCAACACCUGCAGCGCCAGAGUUAUGCAUUUCAUCAUCAGCCACUGUUUCUCACAAAGAGGUCAUUCUGAUAAAGAUCCGGGGCUGUGUCUGAAAUAGCACUCUAUUCCCUAUACAGUAGUGUGCACUGGGGCCCUGGUCAAACGUAGUGCACUAUAUAGGGAAUUGGGUGACAUUUUGGAUCUUAAUAUGGCCCCUAAUGCCCAAGGGACCCUACCAUCAUGUUGAAGUGUUCAUUAGCCGCCAUUUUUAAAUGCCCUACAAUGCCCUGUCAAUAUACACUGUGGGGCCAGUGUUAUCCAAUAGUUAAACAUUCCUGUUAUCAAUUUCUAUGAACAACUGAGGGUGGUAUGAAUUUGAAUAUAAUCUAAUUUGAAUAGCAAAGGUAUAAAUAUACAAUUCUCAACUUUAUGAAUCAUGCCAUGUCUGUGCAACAAUUCGUAAAUUCAUUUUGAGUCUUUAUUUUUUUGUACCAAAAAUGUGUGAGGUGACAGGUACAG